CCGAGCUGGGCGGGUUUCAGAGGACAGCAUCUGGAGCUUUAUUUGAACCCGCCGUAAAAGAGCGAACAGGGCAAGAAGACGGAGACAGAGAGGAGGGACGAAGUACCUGCCUGAGAUGAUGAGGACAACCAGGGGAGUGAUCCUGAAGGACUCGUCUGAUGGGGGGGAAAGGUUGACUGGGAUGUAAACACGGACCAUCGAUCUCUAAUCAGGAGAGCGUUGAUCACUCAGCUUUGUUCUGGCUUUUCAGCUAUGCCUGUGGCCACUUUGCUUCCUCUAUGUCUUUUCCGUCACCACGAUGAGGCCACGCGAGCACUCCCUCCUGACUCACCUGCUCUUGCUCCUCCAGCUCCUCCUCCCCCUCACCCUGUCCUUCCUGCACCCUCCUCACCCCCCGCCGGCCCACGUCCCCGCAUUUGUCCCUCACACACCGACACCUCUCACCCGUUCCCGCUUCAGCGCUCAGACUCAGCUGGACUUCACCACUCACUGCAACUCCAGCUGCUUCCACAGAGGAGAGCGGGAUGAGCAGCUGACCGAGAAGCUGGCUUUUGAGACGCUGUACGAUGACGGCUCCCGCACGCUCACUACUGUGGAUGUGGAGGGUGAGGAUGAGUCUGAGGGUGAUGCCCGUCUCUUCGCUCACCCUUCACCCAAGAGAGGACCCAGAGUGAAGCCCAGACACAAGCGUGUCCGGCGGCAGAUCUAUGGAGCAGACGGCCGUUUUAACAUUCAGGGCGAAAACUUCCUGUUGGAUUACCCUUUCUCCACAGCCGUGCGGAUCUCCACCGGCUGCACCGGCGUCCUUGUGUCCCAGCAGCAUGUCCUCACAGCUGCCCACUGUGUGCAUGAUGGGAAGGAUUAUGUUAAGGGGGCGAGGAAGCUCAGGGUGGGCUUCCUCAUCACUCCAUCCAUCAAUGGCACAAAAGCCGACCUCACUUCGGCCAAGAAGCCUCUGGUCCGCUGGGUGAGGGUGAAACGCACCCGUGUGCCAAAGGGGUGGAUCCAGGGCCCUCAGGAGGUCAGCAUGGACUUUGAUUACGCCCUGCUGGAGCUGCGUUGGCCUCACCGACGUCCCUUCAUGCGCCUCUCUGUGGCUCCCUCCUCUAAUGACCUGGCAGGGAACCGCAUCCACUUCUCUGGUUUUGACAGCGACAGACCCGGGGAGCUGGUGUACAGAUUUUGUCCUGUGGAAGAGGAGUCCAGUGACCUGAUAUACCAGCACUGUGACGCCCGACCGGGGGCCAGCGGCUCCGGAGUGUAUGGAAGAGUAUGGGACAACAGCUUAGAGCGUUGGGAAAGGAAGGUCAUUGGCAUUUUCUCCGGACACCAGUGGCUGGAGAUAGACGGGGAGAACCGGGAUUACAACGUGGCCGUGCGCAUCACUCCUCUGAAGUUCGCUCAGAUCUGUUACUGGGUGCAUGGGAACCGACUAGACUGUGUCCAAGACUGAGAGGGACAGAAGUAGUACAAAAGGAGGUUUUGAAAGUAUACCAUGAAAAACAGAAGAAAGCACAAACUGACUGAAAAAAAAACAGGGUGAAAUGUCUUAUUCCACCUAAAAAAGGAAGAGUGAAACAGAAUUAAAUCCAUACAAAAAUAUCAACCUUUGGUGAUACACCAGUAAAGCAGAUUUACGCAGUUAGUUCUGGAUCCAGUCCCCCUUCAUUGAGUUUUUUCUCUCCUGUGUUUAAUCUGCCCCUCGUAAUCUCUGGGCCUAUUAAACAAAUCUGCCUGUGAGAUCAUCCCCAUGGCAUCUCGUAAUAUGUUUUUUGCUCACAGUCAGUGUUUCCACAGUAUUAACAUAAACCACUUUUUACGUGAGGGGAAAAAAACACUUUUCCUUGUGUGUGCAGUGUGUGUCAGUAACAGCAGAUUAUUUUCCAGGUAUGAUUUGGUAAUUUUGAUAGCUCUUCAAGGAUCCUUCAUCUUUAUCUGUCACUGUCUGCAUUCUGAUAGAUACACAGCUAUAGAGUGCACAGAAUAAAGAACUGACAAUAGUUUAUGGAAAACCACUGAUGCCUAACAUUUCAGCAAACAGUUUGCUCUUCUCAGUGUGGACUGGAGAGAUGGAGUGUUAAUUUUAUUAAAAAAAAAAAAAAAAAAAA